AUGGCAACGGCGCUGCUCGCGCGCCCAUUGGCCGCAGUGGGCGGAGCUGCCGGUCGAUACCGGCGGCCGCGGGUUCCCCUCUCCGGGCGGGCACGAGUAGUGGGACGGCGGCCCGACGCGGCCGACGCGCGGCGCUCUGCCGGCAGGAGUCCGCCGCGGAACGCCGCAGCUGCAGCUGCAGCUGCCAGCACGGCGAUCGCUCUGGGUCCGGCCGCCGCCUCCUCUCGGCCGCCGACGCCGCCGCUGCCGUCGCCGCCGCCGCCGCCACCGCCCCACACGCCUCCCCCCGGCGCCGAGACGCAUGAUCAAAACCUGCUACCUCCUCAAGCCGCUGCCAGCUCCGUUGGAGAGUCAGCGCCGUCGACGACGCCGCAGCCCAACGGUGCCGAGGUUCCUACAGCCUCUGCCCACAGCAGCGUCGUGGGCACCCAGCCACCGUCACUGUCGGGAUCGGACACAGGGAUUCCUAGCGACCGAGACUGUGUCGAGCCCCGCCCUCCAGUGGAUGUCGAAUCUCGGACCCGAAAGCAAAAAUCACCCAAGCGACACAAGAAGAGGCGAUUGUCAGCUGAAGAACAGGACAGGGAUGUGAAGCCGGCGGAAGACAUCGACUUCGUUGACUCGUCCACAAUUGCAACGGACUCCAGUGGCAUCAUUCACCAGAAGGUGCAUGAAGACAAGGAAUACUCUCCUAAAUCUGGUGGCCCAGAAAACGAGGCGCAUUGCGUCGACUCCCAAAAUGUGGGCUCCUGUGAAAGCGACCAGUCCCCAAUGACAUCACAAUCGUCUCUUGGUGAUUGGGCAGACGAUAUGGAAGCAGAUGAUGCUCAGCAAACAUCGAUAUCUCCACCAGAGCCCAUGGCUGACAUUGAGCCCGGAGGGCUCUGCCAGUCAGGGACUCAUACGGCACAGUAA